CUGUAAUCAUUAUAGAGGGAUUGACCCUCCCCGCAUCUCCCCGCUCCCCUACCUGGUCAUGGUACCCUCUCGGGUAGUUGGAGGUUGGGGUUCAGUUUGUGUGGCGAACGACGCCUCAGCCUUUGGCUCGGACCAUGAAGCGACCAUGGUCAAGAUUUGCCCGGGAAGGCGCCACAGACCUGGCCGGUAACGCAGCCCAGGCCCAUCAAUGAUGUGUUCUUUCUUUGGCCCUGGGGACUCUGCACACCCUUCUUCUCCUUGGCAGCCUAUGCCAUCCUCAGCGCACUGCUGCUACUGCUGAGUGGGCUUGGUGCACUUGCAGCGCUGUGCUGCGCUGCGCCAGUGUCCUUGGGAUGGUGCUGCCUAUGGAGCUGGCGCUACAGCCACUCUUGGCACACAGAUGUCUAUCAGAAGCUCAUUUACCUCGCUUUCUACGUGCAGCACUCAGGCCUACGCACACCCAAGGCGGAUGCCAGAUUUAUGCCAGUGGACAAGCUGAGCAGUCGAAAGGUGCUGAAGAAGCAGUACAUGGACUAUGGUCUGAACAUCCAGGUGCCCAAGGGUGCCGAGGAUCAAUUCCUUGAGGAAUAUCACUCACCUACACUCUUGGAGAACUUCAUCGAAGAUCGCUUACACUGGCUGCCACGCAGUGAACGCUUCGAAACCUUUGCUCCCGACGAGAAUCCGGUGGACUUUGUGAUGAAGCAGCUGGGCGCCGUGUAUCCAGCUGUCUAUCAGGAAUGGACGGACAAGCACAGCGACGAAGCCCUCACCCGCUUUUGCUUGCAUGGCUUGGGUGCCCACCGAGUGGAGCUGGAGAUCAGGAAUGGCUUGAAGUACUUCGUGGUGAGGACGAAUUGCCUCUCAGUGCUACCAACCCGCCGGGGCUUUGAGCGAUAUGGUGGUGAUGCUUACUUCUUUGAGGACUGGCGGCCCGCCAUGAUUGUGGACAGGGGUCAAGGUCCACUGGUGGAAGACCUACAUCAGAAGGAGGUCAUCGUGAGACCUGGGGAGAAGGACUGGGAGAGAACAAAGUUUCGCUUCCGUUCUUCGCUCUUCUCUUUGGUGACUUUGGUGGAUCACUUGUACUUCAUCCAUUUGCAGCUGGCCAACUUCUUUGUGACUUCUCUUCGGGAGCAGAUGUCCUCUAGCCAUCCCAUCCGGCGCUUUUUAACACCUUUCACCUACCAAACCAUCUCGAUCAACGACAAUGCCAAGCAUAACCUGGUCGCGAAGCGCGGCAUGGCUUCCAGAUGCUUCGCAUUCACGGACACGGGCUUUGCUCUGGCCUUUGCAGCGGCUCCGUCUUUGCAGGUCUGGGGCUAUGAGGUGGCUGCUGAGCAGGGAGGUCCUUUCUUGAAUCUGAAAGAUUACUUUGCCCACAAGAAAAAGAUGGGCGUGGACACUGAGUAUUUCAGACAGGCGGAGGAGCUCUACUGGAUCUUUGUUCGCUUUUUGCAGGGCUACCUGGACUGCUAUUAUGCCACGAAAGAAGACCUGGUCAGAGAUGAAGAGCUGGUCUCCAUGGCCCAGCACUACUUCAUCCGCUAUGAAAGUGCCUCCGCUUCUUGUGCCUUUGCACGCGCUGCUGGCGGCGCGCCCUGGAUCCAAUCCAUUGAUGAGGCGGCUGUGGUCGAAGUGGCCUAUGAGUUCUACCUUCAUUGGCUCUCGAGUCUCCUUUGGAUGGUCACCGCCGGACAUGAGCAGCAGGGCGCUGUCGAAGUCUAUGCACAGGAUGCUUCAUGGACGUGCUUCAAGUGGCUUGAGGGGUCCAUCUGUGGUACCAAGCAGACUGCGACUGCACAAGCCUUGCUCAUGUCCUUCACCUCAACUCCUAUGCCCAAGCUGCUGGGGGAGGAUUGGUCCCACUUGUUUCCUGAAGCCUCAGUGAUGGGGCACAGCCCUGCAAGCGUUUUUAAGACCUUCCAGGAUGAGCUGAGUUUGAUGGCUGCAAAGUGCGAGAAGUACAAUACUGAAGCGGAGUCCAGGUCCUUUCCCGACGGCUUCCCCAUCUACGCCAACCAUCCGGGUCUCCUAGAGACUGCGGUCAGCGUGUGAUCGAAAA